CUACGCUAUAAUCAUUGAUCAAUUCUGAGGGCGCAGGCGGUAAAGAGGUGCGUAAUGCGUAAUAAUGGCUCCCGCAGCGGGGUAAAUGAAGGCGGUAUACGAUAGCAGAAUGUUCGUCGAAUUUGGCCAUCCGCCGAUUUCAGCGACUGCUGAGUACUUAUCUAUCAUCAUUAUUAUUAAUUUACGAGGAAGUUGUUGAGUCCAGUAAUGGGCAUUCCUCACCUGACACGUCACACUCUUCCUUUCUCCGAAUCUGUAUUCCUAGCAGGUGACCGGGAUGGCGCCUUAUAUGUUCAAUCAGUCGUAAUUGAUGGACCAAGUCUGGUGUAUCAUGUCUACUCUCGAUUAUUAUCUUGGAUGGUGCAAAGCGUGAGCCCUUUCGAUGCUCAACCGACAUGCAAUGAAGUGAGUGUUGGAGUGAUGCUGUACCUUUUGCAGCUAACAAUCCUGGGUGUAAAAAUGUAAAAAUAUAGUUCUUCCUUUUUUGAAGCACUCGACAAUACUGAUCGUGUGUUAGAAGCAAUAUUUUUUUCGAUGGCGCUUUGCCCGAGGCGAAGCGAGAGGCUCGACUUCAUCGGCUGGAAAAGUCAAGAUUAAAACAUGAGUUAUUCUGCAUUCGAAACAAAAACAGCCUAGAACCACCACAGAACCUUGUAAACGGCCGCUCCGCAAUUGAUCCCGAGAAAGUCCUGCUCGCCCGAAGUGUGCCUACCAAAUACAAGUAUCUCCCUGAAAAUCCUUUCAUGGUGCCGGCCGUGUUCGAAGAUUUAAGGUGUCGUUGGAACAAGGAGAAUAUUGCAAAAGAGGCCAAUGCCAUCCUAUGUUCAUCACUGCCCAAUCUUAAUGAUUUCCCUUGGGCUGACAUCACCGUUAUGGUGCCUAGAGAAGCAGACGUUGAUUGUGCCCACAUGUGUAGGGUAAAAGGCUGUGCAGUUUUGACAAAUGAUUCGGAUCUUUUGCUGCAUGACCUUGGACUUUACGGUUCUGUACUUUUUCUGGAUUCGGUGGUGAUGCAUGGAUGGGAUCCUUGCAAACCGACCGAAGCAGAGAUCAGGGCCUCGAGAUUGACACCGGCCGCCCUUUCACGUCGAUUAGGCUUAGCAGAUGUUCGGCGUUUCGCUUAUGAGUUGCGACAGAAUCCACGCUUAGGGUUGACGGCGUUAGUGCGGCGGUCAAAAGAUCCACUUCGGACAUGCAAGGCCACAUCGGAUUACCUUCGCUUCUUGGAGGAAUACCAGCCCUUUGUAGGUCCUCAUGUCAUGAAUGAAGAAAGCACCACAUGGCAACUCCCUCAGUGCCUUGAUGCGAGGGUGUGUGAGAUCUUCUCACAAUGUGAAUACAACGAUGUAAAUUCACCCCCUGGAGUUCUGCACAUGUACCUCCCAAUUCUGAAUGAUGACCCUGCUAGGCGAUGUGCUUGGGUAGCAGGUCGAGGUUACAGGACACUGGGUUAUUCUAUUCUCAACAUGUCCCGUCAGGUUACCAGAAGAUCCAGCUUUGUCCAUGAAUACGUCCGGAGAGGUCAGAGAAUAGUAGUUGAUCGAAUCACGCUCGUCAGCGAGGGGCAAAUUACUAUUGAAAUGCGAGCUCUUUCUCAACGUCUGGCCUUGGUGCAGGCUAUGAUUGGUGAUUGCCCCUCUCCAGGAUGCUGGACGAUGUUUGCUUUGAGUGAAAUAUACAAUCUGGAACCAAAUAGGGCUAGGCUUCCGAAACCGGAGCAGCUGACCCGCUUUCUUAGGCUGGGAUAUAUGGGGAAGAAACUCGACUGGGCCGAUAUACACCUUUUGGCCCAAAGUCAAGCUGUGCUGUACUCACUAAGGAUUCUGAAGCAACUUAUCGGGGUUGCCUCUCAGGCGAAAGACGUUGCAAAUGAAGUUGAAGGUGCACUUGCGGGCCUGCCGCCGCUGCGUGUCUUGAUGAGAUCGAGGCGUGAAAUGUCGCAAGAACUUCUCAAUGAUACGUCUGUAGAUCUUUUGGUGGAUGCAUUUUAUCAAAUGUGCGAGCGAAGGUUUCCAAUGGAGGUUCCCCAAAGUGAAGAUGUAGAUCAAUAUUGUCCGGAAAUAAAUCAAGGUGAGGGGAUGGCUAGUUGCGGAAAAAAACGGCGAGAUCAGGUCCAAGGAUGGCCGUUUGUCCGAGAAUCUAUGCAGCGGGCGAAUUGCAACAUCUACGAACUGCUCUGUCAUGAACGGUAGUAGGUUAGUUAUGCUUUUGAGUGUUUUAUAAUACAAUUUUAAGGUUUGCAGAUAUGCGGCGUACUGCGGGGUGCGUUUCGUAAAGCCUC